AUCCUCCGCCCGAAUAAAAAACCCACCUUUUCCCACCUCGCUCGCCGCCAGAGACACCCAAACGGUCACCGCCGCCGACCGAGCGGCCGCACCGCACCCAGUAAACCCAUCGCUAAACCCUACCUAGAAACCCCCCACCGCCGCCGCCGCCCCCCAGCCCCCCCGGCCUCGGCAUGGAGGGCGAGCCGCCCCCCACCGUCGCCGCCGCGGCCUCCGGCUCCGGCCCCGGCGACGGCGGCGGCGGCGGGGAGAAGGGCGCCCCGUGCCAGGAGUGCGGGGAGCAGCCGUGGAAGUACCGGUGCCCGGGCUGCUCCCGCCUCACCUGCAGCCUCCCCUGCGUGCAGGCCCACAAGCGCCGCGCCGCCUGCUCCGGCAAGCGCCCCCGCACCGACCCCGUCGCGCUCGCCCAGUUCGACGACACCCAGCUCCUCUCCGAUUACAACUUGCUGGAGGAGACGAGCCUGGUCAGGGAGUCGGCCCACAGGCUGCUCGGCGACUUCGGCGGCAACUUCGCCCGGAACUUCGAGGGACGCCCGGGCGCCAAGCUGCCGCCGUCGCUCGGCGCCCUCCGCAAGGCCGCGGAGCGCCGCGGCGUCCGGCUCUUCUUCCUUCCCCGCGGCAUGACCAGGAGGGCGCAGAACCGCUCCCGGCAUGACAACAGAAAUGACUGCAUAUACUGGACAAUCGAGUGGAAGUUCAAUUCGACAGAUAUUGUCCUAACUGACCACCAGACAGACGAGAAUGCAAGCUUGCUAUCUUUAUUGGAAAAACACCUGAGUCCUUCCCCUUGGAAGGACGAGCUUACACCAUAUCGCAAUACUGAAUUGCGUGAUUUGAAACUGUUCAUUCAGAGGUCUGCCAAGGAUUCAAAGUCGCCACACCGUCAACUGAAUAUAGAAGAGCCCUUCCGCCCCCAACUGAGGGGCACUCUUAUUCUCGAGUACCCAACUAUCAGCGUCUUCCUUCCAUCAGAUAGUUACGAUUUUCGAUUGGAGAAGCUUGCAAACAAGAUUAGUAGAAAUGAGCAGCCCCCCAGCAGCUCGAAUGAUAGUCCUCCUCUAGAAGGCACCGAGUUUCAGGAGGAAGAAAUAGAGGAAGGUGAGUUCGCUCCAGAGACGCAGGUUAUCGAUCUCAGGGAUUGCGGACCUUCACGUACCACAAACCUUUCUCAAGUGAAGCUUACGAGUGAACCUAAGAUGGAUAGCAUGCUGUCGUAUGUCCAUGGUCUGGCAUCAGGUGGUAAACAGGGAGAAGUUAGUCAGCAUGGCAAGAUGGCGUCGAGCACAGCUCCUGGGGUUCCCGAGGCUAAAUCCUGCAUGAAAGUCUACCCAGUGGACUUGGACGAUGGUGUUGAAGGUGGGACUUUGGAGGGGCAGGUUAUAGACCUCGAGAACCAUGCAACUUCAGAUCCUGGCAAUAUUGGUCCACCGAAAGAUAUGAAUUGCGAGACAGAUUAUUAUUCAGUCCUGUCUCCUAUCAGCAUUCUAGCAUCUGAGGUCUCGAGUCGUCCUGAGGAAGAAGGCAACCAAGAAAGCGGGCUGCCACCGAAGAAUGCAACUCCUGAAGCUCUGAGAAAGAGAUCUCUGACGAAGGUCUACCCGCUGGACAUGGACGACGAUGCCCAGGGCCUGCUGCUCUCGGAGCUGCCCAGCGUGGAGCUGGAGCAGGAGAUGGGGGCCGCCUACGAGGAGCUGUUCGGGGACAUGAACCCCGACGACUUCCUCGGCUUUGACCUCGGGAUGAUGGACGUGGACGACGGGUCCGGCGGGAUGACGCCUCCGCUCAAGCUCUGGGACGACCUGGACCUGGAGGAAGGUGAGAUCCCCUCGCAGCCGUGAAGAAGAAACCUGGGUGCUUGGAACUCGACGUGAGAGCUUGGAAUUUGCUUGUCCAGGAGUGUUUCUGGAGAUCUGUUGGCUGUAGCACCACCUGAGAGUUGUCGGGUGCUAUUUAUUCUUUGUUAAUUUUCCUCUGGUCCCCGUUGCCGGGGCGGCGUCGGGGUGCGUUUCGAGGUUGAGCUUGUUUGCCCCUCGUAGCUGCAGAAACUUUGAGGUUGUGACUCUGCAACUGCAAAGCUCGUGAGUAGAGCAGUCCUGAAGUGAAGCCGGUGGGCGUGUAAUAUCGAUCGAUGAGAGUUGUGUGUAAAAUGUGGAAUCGCAAAAGCUGUGAUGUUAUCUAUGGACGCAUCAUCAAUCUGUUGCUGAUCAUAGAGAGAUAUUUUGUUGUUUUUUCACCAUUGCUGAACCUGCAGUUUUCCAUAGCCUUAACUGAAGCAUGUUCAGGUUA